AUGGCAUCAUCAGUUACUGCUAGAAGUUCAUCAGGACUCACACCUCAUUUGAUUGCCACAGUGGCCUUUAUUUGUCUUGGAUCCUUACAAUUUGGAUAUCAUAUGGCUGAAUUGAAUUCACCUGAAUUAAUCAUAUCAUGUCGUAGAUCUGUUCCAGGAGGUAUUCCAUUUAAACAAUCAUGGUUUGGUCAACAUGGGUUUGUCAAAUGUAUUCCAUUGGCUCCAGAACAAGUUGGAUUGGUGACAUCUAUUUUCAGUAUUGGGGGGUUGAUUGGAUCCCUUUAUAUUGGAGCUGUUGCUGAUUCAAUUGGAAGAAAGAAAGCAAGUUUACUUCAUUGUGUGUUUUUCUUCUUUGGAUCUACUAUCAAUGGAUUAAGUAAUGAUUAUUUUGCCCUUUUAUUUGGGAGAUUUGUAUGUGGAUUAGGAGCUGGAGCUGCUAUUGUAAUUACAUCAUUAUUGAUUAAUGAGAUCUCACCCGCUAAUUCAAAAGGUUUAUUAGGAUCAAUGAAUCAAUUUAGUAUAAAUAUUGGGAUUUUAUUCACUCAAUUAUUAUCCUUAAAAUGGAGUACCGAUAAUUCAUGGAGAUUAUUAUUAUUUAUGGGAUCAAUUAUUUCCGUAGUUAAUUUUUUAUUUGUGAUUUUAUAUGUGGAAGAAUCUCCGGUAUGGUUAUUACAUAAUGGUCAUUCCACUAAAGCAUUUACGGUUCUUCAUAGAUUAAGAGGUGGUAGUUAUAGUGAUUCUACUAAUGAAGUUAAUAGUUGGAAACAUGAUGCUACGGAUGGAUCUGAUGGAUUAUUAAAUGAAUCAGUAUCUGAAGAUGGGGAAUCAUCAAGUAAUGGUGGCACACCUAAAUCAAGAGCAGUAACGUUAAGAGAAUAUUUAACUUCAUCAGAAUAUAAUAAUUCUAAAAUUGUGGCUACUGGGAUUUUAAUAUUUCAACAAUUUGAUGGGAUAAAUUCAAUUAUAUUUUAUGGAGUAUCAGUUUUAAUAUCAAUUUUCCCUAAUCAUGCAAUUGCUAUUAAUUGUUUAAUCUCAGUAGUUAAUGUGGUAGUAACAUUUGUAUCAGCAACUAUUGUGGAUAAAUUAGGUAGAAAACCAUUAUUAUUAAUCUCAGUUCUGUUUUUAGGUGUUCUGUCAACAUUAAUGGGAAUUGGAAUAACUUAUUCCAAUUCAUUAAUUUCCAUUAUAGGUACUUUUACUUAUAUUACAUUUUUUGCAGUCGGAUUAGGACCUAUACCAUUUUUAAUUGUUGGAGAAGUUACUCAAGCCAAAGCUAAGGGACUGGCUCAAAGUUGGGGUACAACUAUGAAUUGGUUAGCUACAUUUAUAGUAGGGUUUGCAUUUCCAAUCUUAAAGAAUUCUUGGAUUGGAGGAGGAGUUUACUUUAUAUUUACAUUUAUGUGUUUCCUAAGUUAUUUAUUUGUGAAGUAUUAUAUACCUGAGACUAAAGGUCUUCAUUCAUAUGAAGAAGUGUGGUCGACUGAGAAUACUGAUAAUUAA